AGGCAGCAGCGGCUUCCAGGAUGUCCGCCACAAGUGACCAAGUGUGUAUUUCAAUGUCCCAAAGAAACAACAAUGGCCUCCCCAGGCCCAGCGACAACAGCACCAAGACGUUUACCGAAGGCGAUGUCUUGAGUUUUCAUAACAUCCACUAUCGGGUGAAAGUGAAGAGUGGUUUUCUACUUGGUCGAAAAACAGUUGAAAAAGAAAUACUGAAGAAUGUCAAUGGGAUCAUGAGACCAGGCCUAAAUGCUAUUCUAGGACCCACCGGUGGAGGCAAAUCUUCGUUGUUGGAUGUCUUAGCUGCAAGGAAAGAUCCACGUGGGUUAUCUGGAGAUGUUUUAAUAAAUGGAGGACCUCGACCUGCCAAUUUCAAAUGUAAUUCAGGUUAUGUCGUGCAAGAUGAUGUCGUGAUGGGAACUCUGACAGUGAGAGAAAAUUUACAGUUCUCAGCAGCUCUCCGACUCCCAACAUCUAUGAAAAAUCAUGAAAAAAAUGAACGCAUCGACAAGGUUAUUCAAGAGUUAGGACUGGAUAAAGUGGCAAAUUCCAAGGUUGGAACCCAGUUUAUCCGUGGUGUGUCUGGAGGAGAAAGAAAAAGGACCAGCAUUGGCAUGGAGCUCAUUACAGACCCUUCCAUUUUGUUCCUCGAUGAGCCCACGACUGGCUUAGACUCAAGUACAGCCAAUGCUGUUCUCAUGCUCCUCAAGAGGAUGUCUAAACAGGGACGAACCAUCAUCUUCUCCAUUCAUCAGCCUCGUUAUUCCAUCUUCAAGUUGUUUGAUAGCCUCACCUUAUUGGCCUCAGGAAGACUAAUGUUCCAUGGGCCUGCUCAGGAAGCCUUGGGGUACUUUGAAUCAGCUGGCUACCACUGUGAAUCCUAUAACAACCCUGCCGACUUCUUCCUGGACGUCAUUAAUGGGGAUUCUUCUGCUGUGAUGCUGAACAGAGAAGAGGAAGGUGGUGAAGCUGAGAAUGCAGAAGAGCCUUCCAAGAGAGAUAUGCCACGCAUAGAAAAACUGGCCGAAUUCUAUGCCAACUCCAACUUCUUUAGGGAAACACAGGCUGAAUUAGAUCAGAUCUCGGGGAAUCAGAAGAAAAAGAAGAAGAAGAGCACAGAGUUCAAGGAUAUCACCUAUGCCACUUCUUUCUGCCACCAGCUCAGAUGGAUUUCUAGUCGUUCAUUCAAAAACUUACUCGGCAAUCCUCAGGCCUCUAUAGCACAGAUCAUCGUAACCAUCAUCCUGGGACUGGUUGUAGGGGCCAUUUUCUAUGAUCUGAAAAACGAUCCUACAGGAAUUCAGAAUAGAGCCGGCGUACUCUUCUUCCUCACAACCAAUCAGUGCUUCAGCAGCGUGUCAGCCGUGGAGCUCUUUGUGGUGGAGAAAAAGCUCUUCAUACAUGAAUAUAUCAGUGGCUACUACAGAGUCUCAUCCUAUUUCUUUGGAAAAAUACUAUCGGAUCUCCUACCCAUGCGGAUGUUGCCAAGUAUUAUAUUUACUUGCAUAACGUACUUCCUAUUAGGGUUGAAGCCGGAGGCUGCAUCCUUUUUCAUCAUGAUGUUCACCCUGAUGAUGGUGGCCUAUGCAGCCAGUUCCAUGGCUCUGGCCAUAGCUGCGGGCCAGAGUGUUGUGUCAAUUGCUACGCUGCUUAUGACCAUCUCCUUCGUGUUCAUGAUGAUCUUCUCAGGGCUCUUGGUGAAUCUAAGAACUGUGGUACCAUGGCUUUCUUGGAUUCAGUACUUAAGCAUUCCUCGCUAUGGCUAUGCGGCUCUGCAGCAUAAUGAAUUUUUGGGACAAAACUUCUGCCCAGGAUUCAACGGUACAGUCAAUGACACAUGCAACUACGCAACAUGUACCGGAGAAGAGUUUUUGGAAAGCCAGGGCAUUGAUACCUCCACCUGGGGCCUGUGGAGGAACCAUGUGGCUUUGGCCUGCAUGAUCGUCAUUUUCCUGACAAUUGCCUACCUAAAAUUGUUAUUCCUUAAAAAAUAUUUUUGAAUUCCUCUUUGAUUUACAAGAGCUAUACAUUAAAAAGGGAGUCAUUUGGUG